AUGAGUCUGCUUCCUAUCCUCAGCCCGUAUAUGGACGACAUGGGUCUUGAACCACGCGAGCUGCCCUGGGAGGCUCUUGUGGCCAACCUUGAAUGGCGCGCAGAGAAUCAAUGCACAUUCCAAAGCACAAACUAUCACUUCCAAUUCAAGCCGGAUCAGAAUGAUUCCAUUCGGAACUUUAUCAACACCAUGGCAAGCAUGAUCAGAGAAUCCGCAGUCCGAAAGCGACUCCUGUAUCCUGAUCAUUAUGAUGUUCCUGCUGCAGAUGACAUCAUGAUUGACCUGACUCUCGCGAGGAAGAUUGCGCCUCUCAUCCACAAGCUGCGUGAAGACAGCUUCCACUGGAAGCAGGAAGGUCUGCCUGACUCGGCCUCCUGCCAGCAUCGACGUGAUGAUUGCCUGGGCAUGCUGCCGAUGGAAGAGCGAAAAAUGUCCGCCUUUUUGCGGGUGUUCGAUAAUCGCCAGACCAACGACACCUCCUGUCCCUUCGGUAGGGCGGCGAACAAGAAGGUGCUAUUUAAUCUCGAGGUUUUUAAAGCCCUUAUCAUUUGCGGGGAGAUGGACAUAUUGCUCCGUAUCUGCUCGCAUCCAGACGUUCAUUUCUCAACUUGGCUGGAUGGACGAGUUUCUUGCGAUUGCGACGACGACGACAAUUGUCAAAUUUCCGAUGAAAAUGAAUGGGCUUCCAUCGCAGAUCACGCCCUGUGGUCCUUUAUUGCACUGAACUCGAUGUCGUGGCUCAAGCGAGACUCGACUUCAGAAGUCACGGAACAGGGAGACUACCGCGACACGGAAGCCUACCAGGAAAUGGUAUUCGAGCGGACCAGAUGGCGUUGCUUGCCCCUAGUUCAGUAUCAACACAGGUUCUUCUUUGGCAUCACAGACCGGCAAUUUCACGAGUGGGAAGGUUUUCGUGACGAAAGGAAAUGGAAACGGGUUCUGGACCUUUACGGGAUCGAUUACUUGUCCUACAGACCUCUCCUGGGCUAUGGAUCAUAUGAUGAUUUCCUCGAUUGCCAAGGCAGAAAACUACCCGACCAUGUCCACCACACUGCCGCGGAAAUUUCGCACGUUCGCUCAGUCCUUGUCGCGCACACACAACUUCCUAAUGAGCUGAUCGACAGGAUCCUCGAGGAAGGAGAAUACGAUACUCCGAGACGGCUGCUACAGACCCCCCAUGACCCCCUCCAUCCGGCCAAUGGCGAAGAGCUAUACCAAUACCUCGAGGAAUGUUGGGCUCUUCUCGUCAGGUCCGAGAUUCUCAUCAGAGCCCUCAACACCAGGAGAAGCGCGACGACGAGGGCUGAGGGCGUUUCUAGUGAUCAUCUCGGUGAGGAUGCAGGCCCCGAGAUUGAAAUGGAUGAAGUGAACAUCGAGUGGGAAACAGAAAUCGGCCAAGUGAUACAAAAGCUUUUUGGGUGUGCUUGCUGUCUUGAGAAGCUCAAGAACGGUGAGGAUAUAGGUUUCGUGAAUACCAAGGUGAAUAGAAACGCAAAUGUGUGCGCCCGGUUUCGUGCGUGUGGAAGAUGGCCAUAUAAUAAGUAA